CCACCGCAUCUUCUUCCUAGAGAAAUACUACUAUCGCUCUCCUCUUUCCAUCGGUUGCCUUGCAGCUUCAUCUUCUGGAGUAUUUAAUCCCCACUCCGAGCCCGGUUAUGCAAUCACCUGCGCUUGAACCGAGGACGUCGAUGGCGGAACAGUACAAGAAGAGACCGCGGCUCUCCGACAACGCCGAGAGCAGCGCCAGCAAGAAGCCGAGCAUCCUGGAGGUCACUAGUCCGGUGGCCACCCUGGCACCGGCACCGGCACCCGCGAGUGUGUCCCCUAGCCCGGUCGCCACAAGGACGCCGUCGUUGGCAGCGCCCAGUCCUGUUUCCAAGAGGGCACCGUCGUCGGCUGCGCCAAGUCCAGCUGCCAUGUCGAAACCAAUCGCCGUGGUGAAGCCAACGGCCGCCACGGUGAAGGUAACCAAUCCGGUGCCAGCCAUGGCAUCGGCGCUGGAGGCGCCUAAUCCAGUUGCCUCCAGCACGCCGACAUCGGCAUUACCCAGCCCAGCGGCACCCAAUACAGCGGACACGGCGACGCUGGCGCCCAGCCCAGUUGCCACGGCGAAGCCAGCAGUGAAGCAUGAGCCGGAAGAUGGAAGGAUGCUCGCAGUGCCGGCGGCAGAGGAGGUCGUCAUCUUAGAAGUGGAGAAAAAAUGGCUAUACUGCGUGACGUGCCAUUCCCCACUCAAGCCUCCCAUCUUCCUGUGUGAGGUUGGGCACGCGGUGUGCUGCGACUGCGCAGGACGCGGCGGCGAGAGAAAGCACUGCGGCGCGUGCAACCGCGCCGCCACCUACAGCCACGUCCCCUGGAUGGACGGCAUGGUCACCGGCCAUAAGGAGCCGUGCCCGUACAAGAGCUUCGGCUGCGCGAGGUCCAUCGUCUACUACGCGGCGGCGGACCACAAGGCCAGGUGCGCGCACGCGCCCUGCUACUGCUUCGAGUGCGCGUUCGAGGGCUCGCCGGCGAGCCUCGUGCGCCACCUCACUGACCAGUCCGGCCGCCACCGCUGGCCCGUGGAGGAGAUCAAGUACGAAAGUAAGAAAUCUUUCGUGGUGCCGGCAUCGGAGCACCGCCGCCUGCUGGUCUCGGAGGAGGACGGGCGCGUGUUCCUACUGGCCGUGGGUGCCGGCAGGGGCGCGUCCGGCGUCCGUCCCGUCAAUAUCGUCUGCGUCAGGGGGAACGCCGGCGGCGGGACCACGAGGCCGCUGUACAUGGGCGUGCUCUGGGUGGACGGCCCUCCGGCCGCCUCGGGCCACCUCAGGGGCGACUUCAAGCUGAAAGGGGAGCUGGCCAACUGCGGGGUCCCCGGCGAGGUGGACAUGGAUCAUGGGCAGCUCCAUGCGCAUGUCAACCCGGAGAUGCUCCACGGGGAGUCCAAGGAGGUUCAUCUGGCCAUUUGCAUCACCAAGUUCUAGUGAAUUAGAUAUCACUCUAGCUUAUGUGUAUGCAGCAACAGUGCCUGGUUCACAAUGUUUAUGCUUGUUUUGGCCCUCUGAUAUCUAGCUAGCAACUCUAAUUUCCUCGAGAAACUGCUUAUAGCCAUGUAAUCAAACUAGUGUUCGUGGUAGCCGAGGGGUAAGUUACUAGGCCAGCUGUGGUACUCAUCAAAUAGUGGGCGCAAGUUCCAGAUUGUCUCAAGAUGUAACGGAGAAUAUUUUGUUGGUCCUUGUGCUCGUACCAAA